AGAGCAAAACGAUUUCUGGCACGUACAAAAGCUUAGCUGCUCAGUCGUUAACAGCAUUCGUCAGUGAGAAUACCUUUUUAGCGAAAGAAGUUUGUAAACGUAUCAAAAUCAAUUAUAUUAUUAUAUUAGUUUCCAAGUAAAUUAUAAUCAACAUAAGAAACAAUCCUCAAAAAUUUGCUGCGUAGUUUCAUUGCUCUCAAGGCAACAGAACAAAGAAAAACAAUAUGUCGGAGCUACAUUUCGAUGAAUACGAGAAGUACAACUUUGAGUUCGAUAAGCACAUGUUUUCUGGCCAUUCGGGAAAGCAGCGAACCAAGAAGGAAGCUAGUGAACACACCAACCAUUAUGAUCCCAGUGGCCACUCCAGGAAAAUAACUACUAAACUGCGCAAUACUGAGCAGAAUCGGAAAGACAAAUCCAAGAAUUAAUAUUUGCAAGCCAACUUAAACUUGAUACAUUUUCACGAUGAAAUAAAAUAUUGUACUGUUUUGGAAUUAAUUUGAAUACAUGUUGGCUUUGUUUAAAAACAAAUCCAGAUUUCAUUCUAUAAUAAACAU